AUGGAGGCUCUUUUUGGUUGGACCACGAGACGUGCCGGAGGGCUGGCUAUGAUUGCUACCAUUGCCCUCAGCUAUUGGGUAAUCAGCAAGGAAGCCUCAGCAACAGGAUAUGGCUACUACAAUAUUAUGCACAUGCAUCACAGCUCCGACGCCCCUGUAACGAAAUCGGCAAUCUCUACGCACGGCGGCGGCAUGUGGACGCUGGGUUUUGCAUACUACUGUCUGUUUAUUCACUUUUUGGUAUUCGCAUUCCCCGUUCGUGCCCUCUGGUCCAUCUUCAGCAUCACCCGUGCUCUCAAGAAGAACGCCAAGAGCAAGGCCCUGCGUGAGAUCAAGCUCUCGCACCGCCGCCGUGGAUCCUCUACCUCUCUCUCUAGCUCCGAAACGCUCACCUCCUCUCGCGAUGGUUCUGCUCUUUCCUCGACAACCAGCAGCGAGGCUGGUGAUCUCGAGGUUGAACAGUAUACCGAUGGCGAUGCGGCCACCGCGAUCGACAACAUUGUUCAUGUCAUUGUCGUUCCCAACUACAAGGAAGAGGUUGACACAUUGAGGGAGACCUUGGAUGUUCUGGCAUGCCACCCGCAGGCCCGUCAUAGCUACGAUGUCUAUCUCGGUAUGGAACAGCGCGAGCACAAUGCAGAACUUAAAGCCAUGAACCUGAUUCAGGAGUUUGUCAAGAAGUUUCGGUCCAUUGAUUUCACUCUGCAUCCUUCGGAUAUCCCUGGCGAGGCUCCUGGCAAAGGAAGCAACAUGGCUUGGGCAGCGCGGAAAUUGAGUGAACGCUAUUCCAUGAACCAGCGAAAGGAUGUGAUUGUCACUGGUAUUGAUGCCGACAGCCACUUGUCAGCCAACUUCUUUGCUUCGCUCUCCAGCAUGCAUCUGAUGUACCCCGAAACCGCCUCCACCACUCUGUACUCUGCACCCAUCAUCUUCGACCGAAACGCCAACAGUGUUCCCGCCAUUGUCCGAGUUGCGGAUAUUCUUUGGUCUGCCGCUGGUAUGUCUGGCCUUUACCAGGGCUCUAGCAUUGCGCCCCCUACCUCGGUCUACUCCGUUCCUCUCGUGCUUGCAGACAGAGUGGGCGGCUGGGACAGCGACUCCGAGGCCAUCGGCGAAGAUUUGCACAUGUACUUGAAGUGCUUCUUCGCCAUGAAUGGUAACUUGACUAGUCGAACUGUACUCAGCCCAGUUAGUCAGAGUAAUGUAAACGGCGACGGUGGCAAGGGCAUCACCGGUCUCUAUAAUGAUAUGAAGGCACGCUACAAGCAAGCUCUGCGACACAUGUGGGGUUGUUUGGAUUCAGGUUAUGCUAUGCGAAAAGGCUGGGAACUCUGGCAAGAGCGAAAGCACACUUCCAGGAACUACCGCCCUCUGCAUAUCGCCUUGAACAACCCAUCCGGCACGUACAUCCCUCAGGUUGAUGGCUUGAACGCUGAGCAGAACAUUGAGAGCGGCAUUUUCGCCGACAUCACUACCGAUACUCUCAAGGAUGUCAACUGGAUGAAGCUUCUUAUGCUCGCCCACCGUCUGUUUGAGGCUCAUUUCCUCCCUGUCCAGAUGACAAUUCUGGUGGUCGCAUCGACAUUAUACCUUUGGGUUACUGAAGGCAAUGGAGAUCCUCAAAACCUUGCAUGGGUCUUCACUGUCUGUAAUGUCCUUCGCACUGCCGGUUUCAUGGAGAUUGCGCUGUACCUGGUCUUCUACGAAUCCUUCCACAAACUCAUGGCUUCCGCCCGUGAGAAGGAGAUGAACGAUGCCGGCCUUGCCAAGGGUAUGUGCUUUGCUCACCGUGACAUCAAGAGGAACUACAUCGACUACAUCAUGGUUCCCUUGGUCGCACCAAUCUAUGGUGCUAUUCCCGGCGCGCAAGCGCAGGUCUUCCAAUUUUGGACGCAAGACCUGGUGUACACAGUCAGCAAAAAGGUUGUGCGGCAACGGUCGAAAUCAUUAUCCGCCGAUAAUAUGGUUUAA